CGAUCCCAAAGUCGCCCUCUAUGCGAUCGCUGAGGUCCAAUGCUUCUGACCGCUCCGUGUCCAAUGGGGCCAAAACAGUCAAAGCUGACGAGUUCAUCUCUUACUUGAAGAAGACACCCAAGCCUCAGAAUGUCGAGGUUGGCAAGCUGCACAAGCUGCGCCUACUGAUCCGCAACGAGACGGUCGACUGGGUGGACAACUUCAUCCAGGAGGGCGGCAUGACUGAACUCGUCGCCCUUCUCCACCGCAUCAUGGAGAUUGAGUGGCGCGAGGACCAUGAGGACACACUGCUCCACGAGCUGCUUCGCUGUCUCAAGGGACUUUGCACAACUGCAAGCGCUCUAAAGCAGCUCAGAGAAAUCUCUUCGACACUGUACCCGGCUCUGCUCGCCAUGCUUUUUGACGAAGAGCACAAGGGCCCAAGUGAGUUUACUACGCGUGAGCUCAUGAUUGAGAUCAUCUUUGCACACCUCUCCAUGGCUCCAGAGGCCGAAUUAGGGACGCGCGCUGCCGAACUGAUCAAGUACCUCAAGGACCCAGUCAAGGAGAAGGAGACGUCGACAGUCCCCUUCAUCCUCCAGAUGCACCAGCCACGCCCGUACCAAGUCUGGUGCAAAGAGCUGUCCAAUGUCACCAAAGAGGUCUUUUGGAUCUUUAUCCACCACUUGAAUGUGGUUCCUGUACCCCCAAAGCCAACAGAGGGCAGGUCUUAUGCCAAGACUCACUUCCCCGGUCAGCGAGCCAUUGUGCCGGCCGCGCCCUAUGUCGGUGGUGUGGAAUGGGAUGCGACCAACUACCUCGCCACUCACAUUGACCUUCUCAAUGGCAUCAUUGCCUCUAUCCCCACUCGCACCGCCCGCAACGAGUUCCGUCAGGAGCUCAAGGUUUCUGGCUUCGAAAAGCUCAUGGGCCAUCUCCGUGCGUGCAACCCUAAAUACUACGGCGCUGUUCACGAUAGUGUCAAGGUAUGGAUCGGGGCCGCGCUUGAGGAUGACUGGGAUGUCAAGACUGUACGCAUGGGUGCUUCAGACAGCAGGAGCAGCGUCAGUCCCCUCAAGUCGAGUCCCAAGAAGCCGACCGAGGCUCCUCCUCAACUCACCCCGCCCCCAAAGAUGGAUGUUGGCCUCAGUCUCGGACUAGGCUUUGACAGGGAGAUUUCUAUUGGGAACCCAAGCAAGAUUGAUGACGACUGGAUCUGAUGGCUUGAUCAACGCAUUUCCAUCAGAUCGAUUUCACUACAAAAAAUGGCAAUCACAGCCACACUGCAUAUAUGCUCCAGCGUCAAACUCACGACAGCGCAGGCAAAGCAAAGCAUGAAUGGCGUACACUUCCUACGGCGUUUUGGUUAUCCCUCGACUUUUCACGGACUUGCAUCGGCGCCCUCGGAUCAUUGCCUCAACCCAGCCUCAUUUAUCAUCAGGCAUCUUUCAUGUCACGUCGUCAAUCUCUCAUGCCCUUGCUGUCUCUCUCUACAUGCCCAUCUUUGGCGUUUUUCCGGAUCCAUGACCAUUUUUUCCUCCCUCGCCGGAAAAUGGCGCACAAGCAUCAUCGCCAUCAUCAUCGCC